AUGACGGCAGCGGCCAGUGGCCAACGGCAGGAAGCUGUGAAACGGCGCACAUGGCGACGCGUCUGUAAACAAAUCAACUUGACAUUCCUUCAUCGACAUCGCGAACCGACACACGACAAGUCGCUGCACCACGCAGCGCCAUCCACCCUGCUCCGAGCACCCAGGCUAAAUCCAGCGCGGCUAUGCCGCCCUGGGUUCAGCUACUAUGACCCCGCUCGCCGACGAGUCAUCCACACGAGCGACUCGUCGCGCUCCUUCGCAGCAGCCGUCGCGACCCCGCCAGAGUACGACGUGAUCGCCACCUAUCCCCAGCGACCACCACACCAUCCAUCAUCACACUCUCCUUCCCUCACUGCCUCGAUUCACUCUGAUGCAGCUGCGGCCGCAUUGGUCGUCGACGGAUCAGACGAUACCGAGCUCGCGGACGCGUUCUUCGACCACGCACCCGAGGAAGGCACACACCCGCGGUCUUUUGACGACCAUCUUCCUCCAGCUCCCUCAGAGGAGCAUCCGACGUAUGAAGAUGCCAUGAAGAAGCCGCGCCGGCGGACACGGACCCUCGAGUCAACGUCGCCAUUUGACCCUCCUCCGAUAGACGGUCCGAGCCGGUUUGACUGGCGUGACCGUCGCCGGCCGAAGUUCGACACGCAUGGACUACCCACCUGGCAGAAGUGGUGGUAUCCCGAGACGCCGCGUGUCAUGCCGAAAAUGACGAAGAUGAACGAAACGGAGGGCGGAUGGGCAGAGCUCAGGCGGUACUCGGACCACUUCGUCCCCCUAUUACUGGCUGAACAAGCUGAAGCCGAGACGCAGCUCGAGAACCGACUGGCGUCCUGGUCCGACCACCAGUUGCGCUCCGAGGGGUUCAUGAUCAAUGGCCUCGCUGGCUCGACGGAGUGGCAACCUCGGUACAAGGUUCACGGCGUGGUUGUGUCCUUCUCUCGAUGGGGAAGCGACGGGACAAAACCUCUGCCACCGAGCCAGUUCGAGCCUGGCGCGACCGUCAUCCUGAGCCGAACACACCCUUGUCAGGACGCUUUUGAGAUCGAGGGCGAGCGGGUGAAAGGGAGCGUCUUCACCAUCAGCCGUGGCGUCGUCAGGGUUCUGUUUCCCGAGCUGCCAAAUGAUGUCGAACUGGGCUCAUGGAGGAUCGACCUCGGCGUCAGCGACUUUGCGAUACAGAAACAGCGCGAGGCCAUCGACCGCCUGAACUUGGACCCGGUGCUACAGGAUCAGCAGUCGUUGCCUGCUGCCCCUAGUGAUCAGGAUCCCGAGGACGAGGCACUGGCGGUGACCAUGAGACGCCAGCGACCACAGGAGAUUCUCGUCGGUACUGGCUUACGCGAUCUCAUCCUUCGCCGGUUUCAGUCACACUACGAGCCGCUGCCAGCACCGGGUUCGGGGAAGCUUGACGAGAUUGCCGCCCAGGUUGCAGACAUGAAGCCUGAGGACAUGGAGGCUUCAACUGGCAUUGAUCAUGACGACUACUCGCCUCGAGGUAUUCUCAGUGCGAACAAGCUCAUUGAUUCGUGGGCUCGCCGCUACCGCGUGCCGGAGGGAACGGUUCCGAUCGCUAUUGAGGGGGACCCACGUGUCCCGCUGAAUCCCAGUCAAACGCGUGCUAUUGCAAUGAUGCUCAGCGAGCGUCUCAGCCUGGUUCAAGGACCUCCGGGAACGGGGAAGACGCGAGUCAUCGUCGAGACAAUCAAGUUGCUGAAGCAGCACUGGCAGAUCCCACAUCCCGUCCUGGUGUGCGCGCACACAAACGUGGCUGUCGACAACCUCGUUGAGGGUCUCAAGACGCAAGGUGUAAACGCGGUGCGCUUCGGAUCGCCAGAUCGUGUGUCACCCCGCGUUGAAGCCCAUACACUCGAGGCGCGAAUCGAACAGCACCCCGCCUACCCCGUUCUGAACCGGGCGCGCAACUCGAAGGAGUCGCUGCAGGCCGAGCUCAGCGAGAAUCUGGCCGGCCCACAGCGGGAAGCAAAACAAAAGGAGAUCGGCAAGCUUAACGGGCGAAUCUACCUCCUGAAAAGGCUGCUACAGGCUGAAGUACUGCACGAAGCUGACGUCGUGUGCACUACCUGUCUCUCAGCCACCUCUCGCGUGCUCGAGGUCAUCGACUUUCCCUUUGUCUUCCUCGACGAGGCAAGCAUGGCCACUGAACCCCUCUCGAUUGUCCCACUCACCAAGGGAAGUGCCCAAGUCGCCAUCAUCGGUGACCACAAGCAGCUUCCACCUGUCAUCGUCUCAGAAGCGGCGCAGCAAGGUGGUUUGGGCACCAGUCUUUUUGAGCGCCUCAUUCAUGAGCAAGCCGUGCCCUCCAUCAUGCUCGACACGCAGUACCGCAUGCACCCGUCCAUUGCGGCCUUCUCCAGCGAGGCUUUCUACAACGGCCAACUGAGGGACGGAACUGUGGUGGACGGUCAAGUCGACCCUGUUCUGCAUCCGCCGACGACUGCGUUCCUAUUGCCGGACGGCGACAGCUCCAAGUCGUUGACCUUCCUGAACCACGAUUUUCCGGAGUCGCCGCAGAACCGCUCCAUCGCGAACCACCAUGAGGCUGGACGAGUAUGCGACAUCGUUGCUGACCUGCUAGCCUCAAACCCCGACCUGAAGGGGGCCGAUAUUGGUGUGAUCGCACCGUACAGUGCGCAGAUCCGCCUUAUUACUGAGUUCCUCACGAUUGAUGAGCGACGCCAGCGCGCGUUCCGGCAGUGGCUUGGACCAGAGCGUGCACGCGAGAUCGAGGACAUUGAGAUUCGGACCGUGGACGGCUUCGAAGGUCGAGAGAAGUCUGUCAUCAUCUUCAGCACGGUGCGCAGCAAUACGGGCGGCUUCCUCGGAUUCCUGGGUGAUUGGAGGCGACUGAAUGUCGGUCUGACACGUGCGAAGCGCGCACUCAUCAUGCUCGGCUCACUUCGCACGCUCAGCAAUGGUGUACCUUCCGCCACAGCUCUUGAGAAGAAGGGCAUCCCUAUUGACGGCACGAGGGUCUGGAAACGCUUCGUCGCUUGGCUUAGGAAGAAUGGGCUCGUCAUGGAGGACCCCGCAUAG